AAACGGCCCAAAGUAUUCGUCCAAUUACCCAGCAAUACAUAAUUAAUGGGAAGGAAAAAAAAAUUGAAGGGAGUUCACUGUAGUGACUGUACUCAAUAAUCACUCAGUUUUUAGCUGGCGGGGUAUGUCCAACUUCCAAGUUAACAAAACCUUUUGAACGACUACCCUGAAAAAGUAAAGAACUUGAACUGUACAGCUAGCAGAAAUGGAGAACAACAACGCCGUUUCCACUCCAUCAACUCCGGGAGCUUUCAGGGUCCUAUGGGACGUGUUCCUGAGCUUCAGAGGCGAAGACACACGCCACACCAUCACCAACACUCUCUACAACGCGCUCACCGAGCUCGACAUCCGAGUCUUCCGCGACGACGAAGGGUUACGCCGCGGGGACGUGAUCGCUUCAAGUCUGCUCGAGGCCAUCGAGGACUCUGCUGCUUCCAUCGUCAUCAUCUCCCCAAACUACGCGUCGUCGCGGUGGUGCCUCGAGGAACUCGCGAAAAUAUGCGAGUGCCGGAGGCUCAUACUCCCCGUGUUCUACGGAGUCGACCCCUCGGAUGUUCGGAGACAGACAGGACCUUUUCAAGAACAUUUUAGGAACCAUGAAGGGAGGUUUGGGAAAGACAUGGUUGACAAGUGGAGGAAUGCCAUGAAAAAAGCCGGUGAAAUUGCCGGUUUCACCAAUCGCAAAGAUGAACUAUUGGUUGAAAAUUUGGUCAAAACGGUUUUGAAUGAAUUGAGAAAAACUCCGGUGGGUGUGGCUGCAUACACUGUUGGACUUGACUCUCGUGUUGAAAAACUGUUGAAAUUGUUAGAUAUUAAAUCUAAUGGCAUCCGAAUUCUGGGAUUUUAUGGGAUGGGUGGGGUUGGCAAGACAACCCUGGCUAAGGCUCUCUAUAAUAGAGUUGUUGGUCACUUUGAGCACCGGUGUUUCAUUUCAAAUGUUAGAGAAAUUUCAGCUCAAGAUAAUGGUUUAGUAUCUCUUCAAAAUCAACUUAUUAAUGAUCUUUCAUCUAGUAAGGUGCUUACUGUAAGGGAGGUUGAUGCUGGUACUGCAGCCAUUGAAGGAAUAGUAAAUGAGAAGCAAGUUCUUGUUGUUCUGGAUGAUGUCGAUAAUAUAAACCAACUAAAUGCUCUAAUUGGUAACAGAGAAUGGUUUUAUGAAGGAAGUCGAAUUAUUAUUACAACAAGAGACAUUGAAGUAUUAUCCAAACAUCUUGUGACUGAGUUCUACGAGGUGAGAGAGUUGGAUUUGUCCGAGUCACUACAACUUUUUAGUUACCAUGCACUAAGAAGAGAGAAACCCACAGGCAUUUUUUUGGAUCUGUCCGAGCAAAUGGUGUCUCUUACAGGAGGGUUACCAUUGGCUCUGGAAGUAUUUGGUUCUUUUCUGUUUGAUAAGAGGAGAUUAAAAGAAUGGGAAGAUGCUCUACAGAAAUUAAAACAGAUUCGUCCCCGCCAUCUUCAGGAUGUGUUGAUGAUAAGUUUUAAUGGUUUAGAUGAACAAGAGAAGUGUAUAUUUCUAGAUAUUGCAUGUUUAUUUGUUAAAAUGAGAAUGAAGAGAGAAGAUGCAAUUGACAUAUUGAGGGGUUGUGGGUUUAAUGCUGAGAUAGUAGUCUCAGUCCUCACAGCAAAGUCACUCAUUAAGUUCACUGGGGACAAUGUUUUGUGGAUACAUGAUCAAAUUAGAGACAUGGGAAGACAAAUUGUUCAAGAAAAAGACAUUGUGAAUCCUGGCUUGCGAACUAGACUCUGGGAUCGUGAUGAGAUCAUGAAUGUCUUUAAGGAUAAAAAGGGAACCAAAAAUAUAGAAGGCAUUGUCCUAGACUUCGAGAAAAGAUUAGAAAACUCUGUCAAGGAUGUAAGCGGUGACACAAUUUCUUGGUAUAACCUUCAAGGAAACCUCAAUUUCUCCUCAGCAGUCACAUACUUAAAGGAAAGGUAUAAACGUUAUCUUGAAGAUCAAGCAGAGAAGGAGAGAGAGGUUGUAAUUUUCACCGAUGCCCUUAAUGCCAUUGUCAGUCUUAGAUUGCUCCAAAUAAAUAAUGUGAAUUUGGAAGGGAAGUUCAAAUAUCUUCCUGUUGAACUGAAGUGGCUACAAUGGAAAGGUUGCCCCAUGAAAAGUCUUCCUUCUGAUUUUUGUCCUCGCAAAGUUGCUGUAAUUGAUUUAUCAGAAAGCAAAAUUGAACAAUUGUGGAGUUCACGCAAUAACAAGGUGCUUGAGAACUUGAUGGUUUUGAAUCUCCAUGGUUGCUUUAAUCUAGCCUCUGUUCCAGAUUUAUCUGGACAUCGAGCCUUAGAAAAGCUUGUUCUUGAGCGUUGUGAGAAGCUGACUAAGAUUCAUGAAUCAGUUGGGAGCUUGAGUUCAUUACUUCAUUUAAACCUGAGAAAUUGUUCAAACCUUAUUGAACUUCCGAGUGAUGUCUCUGGCCUGAAACAACUUGAGAGCCUUAUCCUCUCACGCUGCUCAAAAAUGAAUAAGUUGCCAGAGAGCAUAGGCCACAUGAAAUCUUUAAAAGAACUUCUCCUUGAUGAAACUGCUAUGGCGACUCUUCCUGAAUACAUCUUCCGCCUUACUAACCUUGAAAAGCUUAGUUUAAAUGGUUGCAAACUUCUUAAACGGCUGCCCCAGUUCAUAGGAAAGUUGUGUUCUUUGAAAGAACUCUCUCUUAAUCAUUCUACAUUAGAAGAAAUACCAGAUUCAAUUGGAUCUUUGGAAGACCUUGAGAAACUAAGUUUAAUGUGUUGUAAAUCACUGAACAGAAUUCCUGACUCCAUUGGAAAUCUCAAAUCAUUGUCCAGUUUUUUCAUCAAUGGUACUGCAAUCAAACAACUACCCUGGUCUAUUGGGUUGCUAUCAAAUUUGAAGCACUUAUUAGUUGGAGAGAAUCAUUUUCUUAGCAAACUGCCUGAUUCAAUUGAAGGACUAGAUUCUAUUGUUGAGCUUAAGAUGGAUGGGACAUCAAUAAUAGAUCUGCCAGAUAAGAUAGGUGACUUGAAAGUAAUUCAAAAGCUUGACAUGCAGAAAUGUGAAUCUCUUAGGUCAUUACCAGAAUCAAUUGGGCGCAUGUGGACUCUUACUACUUUGAUCAUAUCAAAAGCUAAUAUCAGUGCAAUGCCAGAAUCUAUUGGAAUGUUGGAAAAUCUUAUUGAGUUAAGAUUGGAUGAAUGUAAACAGCUGCGUAAACUUCCGACUUCAAUAGGAAACUUGAAGUCAUUGCAACAGUUGUUGAUGAACGAAACUGCUGUGACAGAUUUACCUGAAAGCUUUGGGAUGCUCUCAAGCUUAAUGGUAUUAAGAAUGGCAAAGAAACCUCAUGUUGAACUGCUUGAUAACAGUGCACCCAAAGUUUCUGUUAGUUGCAUUACAAAAGAGAAACCUAAGCCUUUUGAACUCCCAAAAUCUUUCUCAAAUCUUUCCUUGCUGGGUGUAUUUGACGCUCGUGCUUUGGAAAUAUCUGGUAAAAUUCCUGAUGAUUUUGAGAAGUUGUCGUCAUUGGAGAUUUUGAAGCUAGGCCACAAUCAUUUUUGCAACCUUCCCUCCAGUCUGAGGGGCCUGUCCAUCCUCAAAGAACUUAUCUUGCCUGAUUGUAAGGAGCUCAAAUCUCUCCCUCCACUUCCCUCAAGUUUGGUAGAGGUGAAUGUUGCAAAUUGUAUCGCAUUGGAAAGUGUGUUUGAUCUUUCAAAUUUGGAAAGUUUACGUGACCUGAACCUAACUAAUUGUGAGAAAGUGGUGGAUAUUCCUGGCCUUCAAAAGUUGAAGUCUUUGAGAAGGUUGUACAUGAGUAAUUGCAAUGCGUGCUCCUCAAGCGUAAAGAGAAGACUGUCUAAGAUUUCUUUGAGGCAUAUGCGCAAUCUCAGUAUGCCUGGAAGCAAGAUUCCAAGAUGGUUCUCUAAAGAGGCAGUUAGAUUUACAAACCUUAAAAACCGUGAGAUCAAAGGUGUUAUUAUAGGUGUUGUUGUCUCACUCAAUCAGGAAAUCUCAGACGACCUAAGAUAUCGUCUCCCGGCAAUAGUGGACGUUCAGGCAGAGAUCCGCAAACUGGAUUACUGGAUAUACAAAACAACAUUGCACUUAUAUGGAAUACCAAAGACAAAUGAAGAUCAAAUUCACUUGUGUCGAUAUCCAUACAAUCAUCCAUUUAUUAGGUAUUUGAAAGAUGGUUAUAAGAUACAUGUGACAACGAGGAACCCACCAUAUAUGAAAGGGGUUGAGCUAAAGAAUUGGGGAAUUCAUUUGGUUUUUGAGGGUGAUGAUGAUUAUGAGGGAAAUGAAGAUUCAUUGAAUGAAAGCCAACAAUCCAUAUCGGAAAGACUAGCAACCUUUUUCAGCACUUUUGAAGAAGAAGAUGAUUGUGUCUCUAAAUCUGUUGGCGAAGUUGAAGAAAAACUGCAAAAAAUUGAAGAAAGAGAACAACAAAGAGCAUCUUCAUAUGGCAGAAUUUACUAUGUUUCUGCUUUCAUUGUUCUUUCUUUCGCCUGUCUAUUGAGUUGGUUACAGAUAUGGCGAUAGGGUUUAGAAAAAAAUGACAUUCCAACCUAUUGGUGUCUUGAUUAGAUGGUGAAAUAAGGGCAUGUUUAGUAGGCAGUCUAAUGUAAUAGCUAUUUCAAUAGUAUAUUUGAUUAUGUUUUUAUUACAGGAAGUAGUCAUUUCUUAUGAAUUGAUAUAUUUAAGAACUAUUAUAGUAGAGUUUGUACAAUAAGAGUAAUUCUUAGGUACUCCGAAGUAUGAAGAAUGGUGCUCUCUCCUCUCACAUUCAUGGUGGGGUCCACUCAUUAAAUUCAUGGUGAGGUCUAUCAUAAAUGUGAGAGGGGGAAGCAUCAUUUUUUGUACUUUGAGAGUACCUAAAAAUUUUCCGUAAAAUAAUAUAUAUUAUUUUAUUCUC